ACGUGGGCCUCAGACAAGCGUCAGUCCAUCUGAGCUUUCGGGUCUGACCACCUCUGGGCUUUUCUCUGGCUCUCCUGCUGUCUCUGUCUGGUCUCCUAACCUCCAACACAAUGAAGAUCAAGCUAAGCUGACUUUCAAGUUCAUGUCUCACCAGCAAAAAUGGACAUACCUGAUUAUUAUCCACAGCUACCUCAGACACUAGUCCACCAGUCUGGUAACAUCUCAGAGGAUCUGUUAGUGUUGGAGGGAUCAUCAACAUCUCAGGAACAAAAGACGGAGGCAGCCAGCAGGCCAGCAGAGUCAGAGGACAGAUGUCCCGUCUGUGGUGACAAAGUGUCUGGAUAUCACUACGGGCUGCUUACCUGUGAGAGCUGCAAGGGUUUCUUUAAACGAUCCGUGCAGAAUAACAAACACUACACAUGCUCAGAGCAGCAAAGCUGCCCGAUGAACCUUUCCCAGAGGAAACGUUGUCCUUUCUGCCGCUUCCAGAAAUGUUUGGCUGUAGGCAUGAAGACAGAAGCUGUAAGAGCAGAUCGUAUGAGAGGUGGCAGGAAUAAAUUUGGACCUCUCUACCGGCGGGACAGACAGAUGAAACAAAACAAGGCAAACACUGAUCUCUACAGGAUUAAGAUGGAAACUACACAAACGCUACAACCUCCAAAUGAUCCUCAAUGGAUAGGCAGUCACACAAGUGAUCCCUCGUCUUCCAGUGCUGUUCAGUUAUCUCGCAUUAUGUAUCCAGCUGGAAUGGGACACUUGAGUGAAUCCACAUCUCUGGACUGCCCAAUAAACCAUCACAAAGUGCUAGCUCCUCCAUCCAUGUCCUAUCACGGAGUAUACUGCCCUUUUCCUGGAUACCCUCGGGACAAAGGAGAACGAGAGUUCAGCUGCAGCCCAACUGCCACACACUAUCCAAUGCCUUCAACCCCAAACCCUUUAUUCAUGCAAAGAAGCAUGUCAGCAUCUCCCCACUGCCCCACAACAAGCUCAGCCAGCUUCCUCUCAGGCCAGGCUCCCACUCAGACUCUAAUCACGACUACUUCAACUCCCAGCUUCCUUAAUCAGCUCAUGGAAGGAGAGCAGGAUGAGGCCCAGCUCAGUGCCAAAGUCCUGGCUAGUCUGCAGAGAGAACAGGCCAAUCGAGGGAAACACGACCGCCUAAAUACGUUCAGCAUCAUGUGCAAAAUGGCUGACCAGACACUGUUUGGGCUUGUGGAGUGGGCCAGGAACAGCAGUCUAUUUAAGGAGCUCAAGGUUGAAGAUCAGAUGGUUCUGUUGCAAAGCUGUUGGAGUGAGCUGCUGGUGCUGGAUCACCUCUGCAGACAAGUCACUUACGGAAAAGACGGCUGUAUUUACCUGGUCACGGGUCAACAGAUUGAGGUGUCGACCAUUACUUCCCAGGCAGGAGCCACUCUAAGCAGCUUGGUAUCAAGAACCCAGGACCUCGUGUCCAAAAUUAAAGCACUUCAUUUAGACAGGCAAGAGUUUGUUUGUCUUAAACACCUCGUUCUUUUUAACCCAGGUUCCUAAUGUGCAUCUGUUUAUGUGCACCUUUGUGCUUAAGAUGUGAAGUCGGUGCAUGGCCGAAGAAAAGUGGAGCAGACUCAGGCGACAGUAAACAGGGCGCUAAUGGAGCACAGUCAGAGAAAUCACCCAGGACGCUCAGACAAGUUUGGCCAACUUCUUCUCCGGCUGCCAGAAGUUCGCAGCAUCAGUCUGCAGGUGGAGGACUAUUUGUACCAACGCCACCUUCUUGGAGAUUUACCCUGCAACUCUCUGCUUGCGGAGAUGCUGCACGCCAAGCACAACUAAGAAAAUCUCACGCUGGAGUGAUCCAAGAUUGCUGUUGCAAACUUUCUUACAUCACAUAUUCUCACAUUUAACAGCACCACUUUCUUUCCUACAAAGCAGCAAAAGCUUCAUGUUUGUAACACGAUGCAUGCUACUCACGCCACAUGUUGGAAAAGUUUCCUUCAACAGUGUUAUUACAACCACAAUCUAUAGUAACCUUGCAGAAUUCUGAAAUCUAAGAUCAAAGCUUUACCAAGUUUUUUUGCCAUCAGUACAGCUCAGCUGUCAACAGCAGUGAAACUGGGUAUUGGUGAAGUUAGUGAUAAAAUAAAUCGGUUUGUUCGUAAUUUAGACAAACGUAGUUACAAGUUUAACACCGUCUUUGUCAGCAGUAGACGGUUACCCACAUAUCUAAGCUAGCUCCAAUUCUAAAAAGAUGAACAUGGUGAAAAUAAAAAUGAUUGUGACAAA